AGACAAUAUUCUGUUACAUUGUAGCAAAAUGGCGACUGUCAUUCACAACCCCCUGAAAGCGCUUGGGGACCAGUUCUACAAGGAAGCCAUUGAGCACUGCCGGAGCUACAACUCGAGGCUGUGCGCAGAGCGGAGCGUGCGUCUCCCCUUCCUGGACUCGCAGACUGGGGUGGCUCAGAACAACUGCUACAUCUGGAUGGAGAAGAGGCACCGCGGCCCAGGCCUCGCUCCGGGCCAGUUGUACACAUACCCUGCCCGCUGCUGGCGCAAGAAGCGACGAUUGCACCCACCAGAGGACCCAAAACUACGACUCCUGGAAAUCAAACCCGAAGUAGAACUGCCCCUGAAGAAAGAUGGAUUUACCUCUGAGAGUACCACACUGGAAGCCUUGCUUCGCGGCGAGGGAGUAGAGAAGAAGGUGGAUGCCAGAGAAGAGGAAAGCAUCCAGGAGAUACAGAGGGUUUUGGAAAAUGAUGAAAACGUAGAAGAAGGGAAUGAAGAGGAGGAUUUGGAAGAAGAUGUUCCCAAGCGCAAGAACAGGACCAGAGGACGGGCUCGCGGCUCUGCAGGCGGAAGGAGGAGGCAUGAUGCCGCCUCUCAGGAAGACCACGACAAACCCUACGUCUGCGACAUCUGUGGCAAGCGCUACAAGAACCGGCCAGGACUCAGCUACCACUACGCUCAUACUCACCUGGCCAGCGAGGAGGGAGACGAAGCCCAAGACCAGGAGACCCGAUCCCCACCCAACCACAGAAAUGAGAACCACAGACCCCAGAAAGGACCAGACGGGACAGUCAUUCCUAAUAACUACUGUGACUUCUGCUUGGGGGGCUCCAACAUGAACAAGAAGAGUGGGAGGCCUGAAGAGCUGGUGUCCUGUGCAGACUGUGGACGCUCUGCUCAUUUGGGAGGAGAAGGCAGGAAGGAGAAGGAGGCAGCGGCCGCAGCACGUACCACGGAGGACUUAUUCGGUUCCACGUCAGAAAGUGACACCUCAACUUUCUACGGCUUUGAUGAGGACGAUUUGGAAGAGCCUCGCUCCUGUCGAGGACGCCGCAGUGGCCGGGGUUCACCCACAGCAGAUAAAAAGGGCAGCUGCUGAGCACAUGGGACAGACUGUGUGGCCAAUUAGCCACCCCUCCCCCUGACUCUGGUCAUUGUUCUAGUUCUGAUAUAUAUUUUUAAAUGAAAGACAACUUGGGCAUUUCCCUUAAUCCUUGCCUUUUCCUUCUGCCUCCCACGUGUCCCUCCCUCUCCUAGCUUCCUUCUAUUUUGGGUACAACAGAAGCACACACUACUGAGAACCAGGGAAGAGCAGGAUGAGAGUCCUCUGGGGAGCCAUGGCAUCAUGGCGGGCUCUUAUGGACUCUUAUCCCUAGAAGUAGGAGAAAUUAAGAGGAUUUUCUGUCACUGGGGGAGGGCAUCUUUUUGAUGUGAGCAGAGUUGAUUUCCUGUUUUCAAGAGAAGAGGAACAUGAGGUUUGAAAACAAAUAACAUUAACAAUAUUUAUUUAUAAAUAACUAUUAUUAGAUGCAGAUGAGGAGAGAGAGAGAGAGAGAGAGAGAGAGAGAGAGAGGAGAGAGAGAGAGAGAAUGGCCACUGGGUAUGUGUGUGUGGAGAACUUCUUCAAUGGGAGUUGGUGACUCCACAGAGCAGACUCCUCCCCAUGUCUCCUCCACAACCUUUCCAUCUUCCUGCUUGUGUGAAAUGGCAACCAUCCCAGAGAAGCCUGGGGCCAGUUACAGCUGGCCUCCUUCCAGCGCUGGCCCAGAGCAGCAGUGGCCGCUUCCCUCGGCCCCUUUUCUCUUCCCUUGUUGCUGGGUUUCCCUCACUUUCCUCCUGGCAAAGAUCAGCUUCUGAAACACAGAACGGAAUGUCAGCAAAUCACAGACAGGCUCAGCUCUGACAGAGCAACCGAGGCCGGCGCUCCUGGAAGGAAGAGUGAUACUACACACUGUAUCUCCCCUCCCUCUGCCCCGGUGUAAGAACAUGUAGCCGCCCAUUGGACGAGAACGUCUUCCAGAUUUCUUCUACUUGUUAUAGUGCCUGCCAGGCACUUUGUUUUAUCUUUCCAAUAGCAUUUCCUGAAAUAAACCAAAGCAACACUUGGUCCGAGGCCUCAGGGAUAGAGAAGACUGUCCUCUUCACUGACAGUCCCUGAGAACAGGACAGCUGCGAGACCCUGCAGAAACAGGUAUGUCCUGGCUGAACUGUCUCACAACGAGUGCAAAACCAUCAUAAUUUUUUUCCUCCUUUUUUUUUCUUUUUUUAUUUCUUUCCUUUGGUUUGUCUAAGCUUGCUCUUUUGUGUUUCUGGGUUCCCCCUUUGUGGUGCUGGGGUGGUGAAUGAGAAUCUGCCCUGUUGUGCAUGCUGGGCCUAGGUGCUGGGCUGAUGAUGGCUUGGGGGGGCGAGGGAAGGGGCUCUAUAUAGAAUGGCAAGCUUUUUGACUUCUGGCUUCUGGCUUUUGGCUUUAACUGCAAGAGAGAGUGGCUGGGGAAAUGCUUGGCUGCCUUUUCCCGUGGUUAACUGUGGAAGUGAAGUCUGUUGGCCUGGGUAGGAAUAAAAGAGGCAGAGACCAUGUACUGCAUGCCUAGGGUGGUCUUUUGGGCUCUGAGGACCUGUUUUACAGCCAAGGGACCUAGUCUAAAUCAAAGAUCUCUGGGCUGGCAAGAUGGCUUAUUGGGCAAGGGUGCUUGCAGCUAAGCUUAAUAUCCUGAAUUUGACCUGUGGUAUCCCUAAGGUGGAAGGAAAGAACUGACUCUUGUAAGUUGUCUUCUGAUUUCCAUGUGUACACCCUGGUGUGUGUGUACACAUACAGACACAUGGGAGUAUUCAUGAGCACAGGCACACAUACACCCACCAAACAAACAAUAACCACAUGAAAGACCUCUGACCAACAUUCACCUGGACUGUUGAAGAUUCUGAAUUCUCACAAAGUAUGGCCAGGGCAGUGUGCUUCCAUUAGCACACAUUCCAAGGUCCUUCUGGUCGCCUAGUCAUCUGAUUGCUUGUAAGUAUCAGAGGAGAUUGGUUCCUACAGUCCACAUUUUGUUGGUCUCCCUGAAUUACAUCACUCAUAAACUAACAAGCUAACUCAGCAAAAGGAAAGGCAUACAGACACACCUAAAAAUGGAAGCUUUUGAGUGUUCCUAGUAGCCCAAGACAAAGGACCAUCUUCCUCUUCUGUUUCAUAAGAAGCAGGAUAAGCUGAUUCGAAUGUUUGCUCUCAGUUUUGUGAGGUUGAACAUGACACUGCCACCCACUUUGGGGAAGUUCUGCUGAAUCUACAUAUGUUCUUCUUCCUAAGGAAUGGUGCAUAGGCCUCCCAUGUGGUACUGUUCCCGCAUGCGCACAUGCAGCAACUCAGUAGGGUUCUGUCCUUCUGCUACUUUCAGCUCUGUACUUCCUUCCUUUGAUUCAGAUAUUGGGUUCAUAGAGUUAUGACUCUCACUGAUGAAAUGUCAUCUUCCAGGUCAAUAAAAAGGAUAUUCAGUCUA